AUGGUCAAGACUUCCGUCCUCAACGAUGCGCUUAAUGCCAUCAACAACGCCGAGAAGACUGGAAAGCGCCAGGUCCUCAUCCGCCCAAGCUCCAAGGUCAUCGUCAAGUUCCUCCAGGUCAUGCAGCGUCACGGCUACAUCGGCGAGUUCGAGGAGGUCGAUGACCACCGCAACGGCAAGAUCGUCAUUCAGUUGAACGGCCGCCUCAACAAGACCGGCGUCAUCAGCCCACGCUACAACGUCCAGCUCAACGACCUCGAGAAGUGGGUUGUCAAGCUCCUGCCAUCGCGUCAAUUCGGCUACAUCGUCCUCACCACCUCUGCUGGCAUCAUGGACCACGAGGAGGCCAGGAGAAAGCACGUCGCCGGCAAGAUCAUCGGUUUCUUCUACUAG